GUUAUGGCUGACCGCGGCCUCUUCUUCGCGACGAUCAGAGCUUCGCAGUAUAAGCCUCCAACGCCAAACCUCUUUCCUGAAGUUUCAUGCACAUCUUUGGAAGAAACUGCCGGCAGUGGCUUGCAUCCCGAGGUCUUUCAGAUACUCAGCCGCUCAGCCUUGUGCGCCAGGCACCAUCCGCUGCCUUAUAACUCGCAGUCGCUUUGAUGAUUGAAAUAUGGUGAAUCUCAGACCAAGGAUUUGCAACUACACUCACCAAAGCCUCAUCAACAUAUCCUUUGCUCACUCCUCAUCAUGGUUCUACACUUUUGGUCAAGCAUGAGCUUCCUCAUUGGUGGUAUUCGCUUUGUCCUAUUCGCACCCACAAUAAUCUACUGGAGCUACACGGGAGACCACCUCAAGUUGAUCAGCAUCAAUCCCGAACUUCACGACGGUACCUAUGGUACAUCUAUUCUAGCUGGCGAAAGACUUGCGGACAAAUGGAGCACAAUCCUGUGGCUCUGGAACCUGCUCUGUUGGUGGCCUGCACUGAUGUGUUUCCCUCCCCUGAAUUUACCUUUCACUGCCGUGGACACUACGAUUACCGUCUUUCUAGCAAUUGCUACAAACUACCAGGUUGGAUACAUACCUCUUAAUCUGGCAACUUGUCAUGAUAAAGUGGGCCUCGAAUCGCAGCGACCCGCUGGCACGAAUGAGAGCUUCUUUGCUGCUGCCGGACGAUUAAACGCGACAACGGCAAGUUCAACUGCCAUGUGCUUGGAAUUCGUAAAAGAGGCACAAUAUGGUAUUGCGCUAACCUUUUUCUACGCUCUUGCGUCUUUCAUCGGCAUCGUUGCGAUCCCCGGUGCUAUUCUAGAGUUCAGAAAGAAUGACGAGUCUAUUCUUGACAUGGCAAAAGAGGUCCUCAAAAUGACCGGGUCCUGCAUCUCUUGCAUGUUCAAGUGGCCAGCGCUAAUAGUGUUUGGCGUCGUGGUCUACAUCCCGGUUUUGUUCUUCCGUUGCCUACCCAUGGACUUCAAAGCCCCUGUGCGAUCAGCUCGUCGGUACGCCACGAAGACUACAAUAGGAGCGGAGCAAAAGAUCGAAAUGAUGUUGACAGAGCGCAUAAAGCACGUGAGAAAGGGCGGUGAUACUCUUGGACCAUAUCAGGGUAGCGGCGGUACUCAAACCGAGCUAUCACAGUUUCUCGGAGUUUACGACAUGUUGAUCAUGGUCGCCAAACACCUGCACUUCGCCGAUCUCGUCAGCUUAUCAACCGUCUCCAAAUCAGUCCGCGAAUCAGUCCUACCUUCAAACGAUGCCUCGCGCCGACUUGACAUCUUCAGGCGCUACACGUGUGACCCUGACGAGAAGGACACCUGCUGGGGCUGCACGAAUCAGAUAUGCUACGGAUGUGAAGAGACUUGUCGCAUUCCCCAAGCGACUGUGUUUCACCAUCUCCACAAUUGCGUCCCGUACUGCGCAUCGUGCUACCGUACCCAUGUCGUUCGCGAUUCUCGCUUUAUGAGAAGUCGAUCGGACGGAAACCCGACCUGCGCCUGCGCUCCGAAGCCCGCUUUUACUCAACGACGAAAAGCAUUCUGGGGAUCUUUCAACAGACACGCGUACUACACGCACGUAACGAGUCUAUCUCUGACUGAUAGGCAACUCUGUCGUGUUUGCUGUCAGUUGGACAGUGAAGAGCUUGCCGUGCGAAAGGCAGAAAGCGCCAUGAGGUUGCUGAAGAAGGGAUUGAAGAGCGAUGGACGAAGGUGGAAGACUUGUGCAGUCUUGGGAUGUGGUCGAAGGCUCGGCAGUGGUCCCAGAUACUGGGUAUGUAAGCUGCUCAGUUGUGACAGGGAGUGCAAAAGCACGGUUCACCAAGCAUGGGGCAGUAAGACAGACGACGGUGUGGUUGGGGAGGCUAUCGUGUAAUGGAGAUACCUAGAAUAUGCAUCACUAUAGACUUCUGUCUAUUUAGCUUUUCAUGCUGAUAUGAAUCGCAGUGCACUUGUUAAGUUCUUUCUUGUACAAUAUGGCGCAAUGCUCUUGCACCAUUUUGAG